GCUAUUGUAAACAUUGCAGCUUUUUGAUAAGGAAAAGUAGUGUUUACAUUAUUUGUAGGAAUAUUUUACUACGAUUUCACACAACUAUUACUAUUUGUGCCCAGCAGGAGUGUUCUUUUUGUGCUAAAAUAUCAAGGUUCCUUAACAAUCACCGUGCUACUGAUUUUCUCCUCACCUUAAUUGUAUUUUCUUUUGUCAGAUGUUCAGAUGGCCCUUACCGAUGUAGGCAAGCAUAUAGGUAGAUCUGGUUUUUUCUUAUAAUUUCGAAGCCUUACAAAUAAUUCUUUAGGUUCAGAUCAAUUAGUCCUACUACUUCUUUUUUGCCUGUAAUCAUUCUUAUUUUAUGUGUUGUAUGUGUAUUGAAGACUCUCUGAUCUGUUGCCCCACUCAAUCUAACCUAACAGCAAAAUGUAGGAGGUCUAUGAACGUCUAUAAACAUAUUCUCCAAUAAUAUAACUGUAACUUCAAAGCUCAUCUCGCAUCAAAAAUGCCUCAGCUUCAAGAUUCAGUUUCUGCAGGAAAUUCUCAAAAUUGCGUUGCUCGAGCGCUUUAUGAUAAUAUAGCCGAAUCUCCAGAUGAACUUGCCUUUCAAAAAGGAGAUAUAUUGACAGUUCUUGAGCAGAAUACAAGUGGUCUCGAAGGAUGGUGGCUGUGUGCCCUGAAAGGUCGACAGGGUAUCGUUCCAGGAAAUCGUCUUCGCCUCUUGGCAGGCAUUUAUGAAACAGGAUCAGAUUUCAAUACACUCCAAAGACAAGGCAAAAGGCGAUCUUGGCAUGUCCAACCGAAUAAAGUUCUUACACCUCAAAAAUUUGGUGAUGUUUACUUGUAUGACAUGCCAACAAGCAAAACAUCCAUGGGUCAGGAGCAAUAUGAUGUUCCACCGUCAGCUCAUGUUGCAGUUGUUGACACUCCGCAUGAUUGUUUUUCAACGCACAGUAGCGAGUCUUACUCUCGGCCAAAUAGCGGUAGUAGUAUCAGUGACAGCUACGACACACCUCGGCCGUUGAUGACCUCUAGCAUUCAGCAGCAAAAUAGCCCAGCCUAUGAUACCCCUCGCCCUCUCAGGGUCGAUGAUAGCUAUGAUAUUCCUCGUCCUAAUGCUCCAGUAUCAUUUCAAGUAGCGCAGUCCCUGCUCACCCCAAGUAGCUCAAUCUCAUCGUUAAACACCAAUACAACAGACUCACUUUCGGGUCCAAGCUCCAAUCGAUCAAGUUUUAUUCCAGAGUAUGAUGUACCCCGAGGAAAACCAAUCGGGGGUCAACUGCAACUUCACCAGUUACUCGCUGACCAGAAUUAUGAUGUUCCAUCAACCAAUCCUCAGCAUCGUGAGUUACCCUUGGAACUGAACUCAGCCCUAGAAUGUCUAGCGCGCUUGGAAAGCGAGGCAACUACAGCUAUUUGCAAACUACUUGGUUUUGCUGGUCCUCAGUGGCGUGAAAGAGAAAAGUUAGAAUCGAAGUUAAUGGACAUUAAAUUAGUUGUACUUCGACUUCAAACUUCUCUACAUGACCUGACUGAAUUUGGUGAAGGUGCUCUCGGAAAUGCCAUGAAAAAUUUUGACAAUGGUUUAGCCGGUAAGCUACGACCAAUGGUCAAAGCCUUGAAAAAUGCUGACUUCCUCAUUCAGAGUGCAUGUGCUUCUCUUGAGGCCCAAGAUUGGUCUAUUGAGAAGUUAGCAAAAGAAAGUGACUACGCUGUACCGUUUAAAAACAAGCCCAACGGAUUUGAUGCUCUGGACCAAAUCGUUUCCUGCGCCAAAGAUCUCACAGAAGAUGUCCGACAGACAGCUAGCUUCAUUCAGGGCAAUUCAACUCUACUAUUCAAGAGAAGUGAAAACACCUCACCAGAUGACUACGACUAUGUUAAUUUAGACAAAGCACAUCACAAAGAAGUACUGGAGUCUCUUCCACCUGAACUUCAAAAAUCGUACUCUCUUCUGAUCAAACAGGCAAAAUCUGUUGACCUACCUGAUGUCAGCGACGAUGGAGAAAGUUUCAAUUCUGAUAAACAGGUUCUCUCAUUUUACGCAAUCCAAGCGUCUACGCAUGCCUCUCAACUGAUGCAUGCUAUUGAUGCAUUUCUUCAGACUGUUGAACAUAACCAACCUCCGAAAGUAUUCCUUGCGCAUGGCAAAUUCGUCGUCUUGAGUGCACACCGUCUGGUCUACAUUGGAGAUACUGUCCAUCGCAACAUUAAUGACCCGGUAAUGAAAGGAAAGGUCCUCCACUGCGCUAAUGCCUUGUGCGAGUGUCUUGCAGCAACAGUCCACAAAACAAAAAAGGCAGCCAUGCAGUUUCCUAGUGUGUCCGCCGUUCAGGAAAUGGUUGACUCUAUUGUUGAUGUGUCACAUUUAGCAAGAGAUUUGAAAAUGUGCCUGGUUAUUGGCUCACAACAAAACGACUCCUAAUUUCUAAUAAUUUAAUUAUCUUUCUUUGAUUUAGGACUAGCAUUUAGUAGCUAUGUUCUUUUCCUGAUUACUAAGAAGGCAUUCUUUGAUCAGCUCAAACUGCAAGCAUGACCCAGCAAACUGGUUCUCCCUUGCUUGAAUGGUUUUCUAAAAACUCUUCUCAUUCUUAGUCUAGUCAAUGCGAGGUUAAAAACACGAGAUUUUUUGCAGCAGGAUGUUCUUUUUGCGCUAAAAUUAAAUGAAAACAGCUCUGAAUUUUGUUUUACUAUUUUGCUGGGCCCCCCUUUUUUUUCUUCUUUUUUUUAAACAGAAAACUGAAUUUAUUUAAAGGGAAAAAAAAAUUCUAAUCAAUUGUGAGAUAAUCGUUUGUAUUUUUGCCCCUGCUUUGAAUAAGUUUCCCCUUAUCGCAGUUGUUAAAAACGAAUGAAGCAUGUAUUGUAUAACUGCAUUUUUAAUGUGGGAGAAAGUUAAAGAGGCUCAAAAACUUUAGAAAAUUAUUUUCAUUGCAGUGACUUCAAGAGUGUGUCAUAUUUGGUUUGACGUCUGGUGCAAUAUUUUUGGGAAAAGAUGUAAUAUGACUAUCACCGUUCUCUUGUGGAAGUAAGUAAUGAAUUUUGAUUUGUUUGCAAAUGAUUAAGAAAUGAAGUCUCGCAUAUACUGUCUCAUUCCAAGCUAGGCCCUCCCCAUUAAAUUUAUAUUCUUAAUCAUAACUUAUGGAUGUUGCAAGGGCCAACAAAGAAAGAAGGCGUUUUGGUUAUUUUAAAACCUGAAACCCAUAUCGAAAAAACUGUGCUUACUUUAACUAAGUGAACAAGGCAUAAAAACCAAAAACAGUUGAAAUCUUAAAAGACCAAAAAAUUUAACAGCUAAAAAUAAUCAUGCUACUAAGUGUGUCUUGGGUGAAUCCCGAAACAAAUCAUUGUUGGUUUGAUUAUUUUCAGUUGUUAGUAUGUUGAUUUUUUCGAUUUUGAGUCUUUAAUUUUUUACCUCCGUUAAAUUGUUGGCUGUUGUUUUCAAUGAUAGAACCAGUACUCAGACAGUAGUAUCAGACUUUCCUAUAUAUACAUACAUAAUAAACGACUGUAUAAUGAAGCAGCUUUUAAAAUAAGUUUUAAUUAGUAUUAAUGGAUCAUCGAAUGUUCCUUCCUCCUUUCUAUUUCAUUGUACAUUUGUUCCAGACCUUUUUUACCUAACUUAUACACAAGUAUUAAAUUUUUGUUUAUUUUUUUUCUAAUCUUAUGAAAGAAUUCUAUUUUAUCUCAAGAUUUAAUCAGAUUUCCUUUUUAAAGUUUUAUCUAUGUUAACUGUUUUCCUUUUGUAUUUUUUAUUAUCGUUUUUACCUAAUUCGGUCUAUUUGAUACUUUUCUUUUUGACAUUUUCUAAGGUUAGUGAAAAAAUAUGUAGUGUCAAGAAUUGCCCACCUGAGGCUUCUUCAAGCACCCACUUCUCUGCUCUUCAAUGCAGGCUAAUACGUGACACAAUUUAAUGUUGUCCAUGUGUUUAUAAUAAGAAUUGUGAAAAUAAUGAAUCUUGUAAUAUCAGUGAAUUGUGAUAGACAAAGAUUAACAUAUUUUCAUGCCAGCAGCAUGGCAUAUUUGCAAGUCAAAUAACCCAGUAGAAUGAGUUUCUUGCAUUACAUGCUCUUUUUUAUUCAAUUUAACACCUCUAAGUGCUUUGCUGUAUGUAGCUAAUCUUUCUGUUUCCAACAGACUUGACUCAAAGAAAUUGAAUUUUUGAAGUAAUCGGAAAGACGAAAUGUUUGUAAUAUUUUUCCUAAGUUCAUCCAGAUUUACCGCAACCAUGAACAAAUUCUUCAUAAUCUUAGGCGGGGGUAAAGGAAAUUCUCCAGGGUUGACAGAAUUCUGAACCACUAGUAAAAAGAAAACUUCAGCUAAUGAGCAUCAUUGAUUUUUUUUUCUCUGUGUUUGUAAGCAGAACCUUGUCUCUAGGGUUAUAUUAUCAAGUCAUAAAAAUCUGUGAAAACCCAGAAUUUAUUUUUGAUGAUACUUUCAAGAACUUGGGUCAGAAAUCCGUCAACUGUAGUUAUUAUGGGUGUUUCUGAACUGGAUAUCUACCUACUAUGUUCCAGCUGUCUGCAUAAUGUUGUUCUGCUGAGCAGUUGAAAUAUUCAAGACGUUUCCCUUUAGAGUCAAUCUGUUCAUAUGUCAAAAGAAUAGGUAGGCAUACUAGAUAUUUAGGCAAAUGUUCAUAUCUCUAUUUUAAUUUUAAGAAUUUUCACAUGUCUCGUAGAUAAAAAUUUGAUUCUCAAAUAAACUUUGCAGCUUUUGUAACUUUUUA